AUGGAUCUGGCGGCUCUCAGAAACCAGUCCAGCAAUAUCGCCAGCAACGUUACCGCAGCCACAGAUCAAUUGGCUACUGACCUCGCGAAAGUGACUGUCGAACCCCGUGGUUAUUCGCACAAACAGGACAGCCUCGACCCGCUCACUUCGAACUAUUUUCUCUCCGACUCGCCCCUCCCGAAACUGAACCUGGAGCCUUGGGAUGGCAACAAGAGCGAGGGUGGUCAGCCCCAGUCAGCGCCGCCCAAAGCGAUCUCAUCGAUUCCUCGCCACGUCGUGGACGCGAUGCUGAAGCACUACUGUGAAACGUACCACCCACAGUAUCCAUCAAUCGGAGAGGCAGACCUAUAUCGUGCCAGAGAUGAGGUCUAUCAGAACCCACAGGUUGGCGAGUUCGACAUCUUUGUCAUCGCUAUAACUGUGGCUAUAAGCUCCAACACUCUCAUGCACGUCGAUGAGAAGCGGGCGGCGACGACGACCUCUGGCUUGUGGGCUACGGCUGUGUCCCAUCUCAACGAGAUUGGCAUGACAAGCUCGUGGGACCGCUUGCAGGCCUUGCAGCUUCUCACCCAUUACGGUUUCCUCAAUCCACAAGAUGUGAAUGUGAGUCACUGUGCCGCUGCCGCCACUCGGCUGGCGUUUCACUUGGGCCUGCACAGAGAGGUGCCACCCUUGACGCAGACGAAGGUCGAUACGUCGAUCCUCAAUACCCGCCGGAGGAUGUUCUGGAAUGCAUAUGCGAUUGACGCAGCAACUCGCACUGUCCGUCGUCAGCCUUUCAAGUGGUCGAGGCCGGAGAUCACUGCAAAGUUCCCAGACUCCGAGUCUCUAGCCACACAGACACACUGUGCUCACGUGUGGUCGUUACGAGAGAUCGAAUGCGACAUCACCCUGGGGCUGGAGUAUCCAAUGCUAGACCUUGAGUUUCCGGAUGUUGCCCCUUCUCCCGAGCAUUGGUAUGUACGGACACACACUCGGCUCGAGCAGUGGUACCAGAGCGUUCGCCGAAAUGCGACUCUUACCGCCAAAAUCGAGUUCCACAAGUUGUUGUUCCAAAUCCAGGUCCUGUGGUUGAAUCGGCCUUCCCCUCGCUAUCCUGUCCCAAUUCACGAGAUGCAGAGAAAAGCCGGCAUCGCUGCGAUGGCCUUAAUCCGAGAAGUCAGCAUGUUUGACCGGCCAGGCAAGAUGUUUAUGCUUUGGCAUGCUGCCCAUUGCGUCAUUGAAGCUGGUACCUACCUCUUAUCUUCCGUGUUGGUCGGGAUCGAGUCUCAUCCUGACGACCGGAUACACGUUUUUGGAGAAGAUGUUGCCGUUGUUCUCAGACACAUCAAGACGAUCCCAAGUCUCGUCUGGAAAAUAGCCCGACGCUGGCCCAGGAUCAAGCAGCACGCCUCCGCCUUGGAGGCCAUCUGUAACUCAACUAUGGAUAUUCUGCAACGAUGGUCCGAUGGACAAGAUGGGUGGCAGUCAAAAGUGUCGAUGGCUCAAGAAGAACUGGGUCAGCUGACACUGUCUCGAUCGACAUACAUUCAAGAGGAAGCUUGA